UUGUUGAAAAUACGCCCGGCUGAUAACUAAACUGGACAGCUUCAGGCUUCAGCUGUUCGAUUACUUUCUGUUCACCAUCGCUAAAUCUCACUACAUUAGUCUGAAAAUAAUUCAACACAAAACAGAAUUUUUUACGUCCCUGAUAAAACUCUCGUUACUAUUGGAUAUCUGCAUAAGAACAAAAUAAUAAGUAAAAUGGUGUGUCAUUGGGAAUAAUCAAAGGGAAAACUAGUUAUUCCAUCUCCAAAAUAACGUUGGAACGUCAGUGAUUAUUGUGGCCACUUUGUUACAUCAUUACAGAAAUCGUUGGGUAGUAAUGCCCAAGUGCCAGUGAGAUGCGCCAAUUCAGGCAUUUUAAAAUUAUCAGUAACUACGGAAGGAAUAUAAAUUAUUCCUCAUUUUUAUAUCUGAAUAAUAGUGGACCAAAUCCUCAAGAUGUCUGCGGUAGAGGCACCACCUUUCAUUCGUACCAUAGAAUGGGACAUGAUGGACAAGACCAAGUUCUUUCCACUGAGCAUGCUCUCGUCAUUUUCCGUUCGAUGUUGUCUGUAUCCUCUGACGGUUAUAAAAACAAGACUUCAAGUUCAACGAAGAAAUCACAUGUAUACGGGCAUGAUAGACGCAUACAGAAAAAUAUAUCGUACAGAAGGCCUUUCAGGCCUCUACCGAGGCUUUUGGAUAAGCUCAAUUCAAAUUGUCUCUGGUGUAUUCUACGUUUCGACGUACGAAGGGGUAAGACAUAUUCUCAGUCAGGAUCCAUUCACUGCUGGACUAGAUUCGAGAAUCAAGGCACUUAUCGGCGGUGGGGCUGCAAGUGCUGUUGCUCAAACCAUUGUUGUUCCCUUUGACGUACUCAGCCAACAUUUAAUGGUACUUGGGGUCAAUAUGAAACAUGGAAAAUUGGUAUUUGAUAAGAUGGGAAUGAAUCCACUUGGACUCAAUUUAGCUCCAGGUGUAUCAAGGGCAUACAUCUCGGGGGAAAUAAUUAGACUAAUUUAUCAGCGAGAUGGUGUGAAAGGAUUCUACAGGGGUUAUGUCGCAUCCCUCUGUGCAUAUGUGCCUAACAGUGCGCUGUGGUGGGGUCUCUACACAUUUUAUCAGGAUGAAUUAAUUAGGGUUCUACCAUCCUGGGUAUCUCAUCUGUUUAUCCAAGCAAUGGCUGGAACACUGGGUGGUUUUACAACCACAAUAAUUACAAAUCCAUUAGAUAUUGUUAGAGCACGACUUCAAGUUCAACGACUGGACAGUAUGUGUCAGACAUUUAAAAUUCUGUGGAUUGAGGAAGGGUUGAGUAUGUUCAAGAAGGGAUUAUCAGCCAGACUAGUUCAAUCUGCUUGCUUCAGUUUUUCGAUAAUAGUUGGUUACGAGACCAUUAAACGAAUGAGCAUCAAUGAGGAAUACAGAAAUUUCAUUCGUUGGUGAAGUAAUAAAUUUCAUUUCUUUAAAAUAUCACAAGUGACAGUUAUCCAAAGACAACAGUGAGAACAGCACUUCAUUCCGUAACCUGUGUGUGAAAAUAAUUGAUUUCAUUUUUUUAAUCCUUCAGUGGCAACCAAAGUAUCGUGUAAAUAAGACAAAUGGAUGAAUUUAUUAUUAUGUAAAUAUUCUGGAUAAAACAUUCAUCAGGCA